CUUGAUUAUAAUCCUGCAAUGAAUUCUCCAAAUUCACUUCAAAGUUAUUCCCCAGAGGAGUUUGUGGAGUUUAGCAGCUUGAAAGAUGUUACAGAUAUUUUAGAAACAGAAACCUUGAUUCUCAAGAAGCUGCAAUGUAUACAGGUCAUAGUGGAGAAGUUUAUGCCUGAUGUAAGAUUUAAGGAUUUAGAAAGUGAUGUCUUUAUAUACUUGUUACCAGCUGCAAAUGAUUUAGUACAAAGUAUCUUUGAAAGAAAUCUUGAAUUGCUGACUUCCAGUGAUGAACAAUGCUCAGAAGUCAAGGAUUAUUUACAAGUAGUUUUACAAGUUUUCAAUGCCAUAGACAAUGUUGUUGGGUCAAUUUUAAAGCAGAAGCAUUUGCAGUUGCAACAGAUCUACAGUGUUCCUUUAAACGUCUUCAACAUAUUGAAUUCAACUUUCACGCAUUGCAAAAAGCACAAUCAUCUUUACCAGUUCGUCGAUGCUAUCCAGGAUAUACAGAGCGUGUUUAAAUCCGCUCAAGAGGUUUACCGUCACCUCUUGCAAUUACUAGAUGAGCACAUGGAUUUAGAUGACGAGGAUUUUAUAUUAGAAAUGCUAGACUUAAUAUGCGAUAUAGGAGAAUCAUUGAUUGGAAUCAAUAUGAAAUCGAUGGCGGAUACUUGGAAAUUCUAUUCGGUUUUAAUGCAAAGAUAUUCGAAUAUUGUGAUGGACAAAAUUAAUUUAGCGAAACCAUUAAAAUUCGUUUCAAACGAAGUCUCCAAGAAUAUCCGUGAAAUUUGUGAUAAAGAUGGUGAUGAUGAGAAGGUGGAUUUGCUGACGUUAAAGAUUUCAAAUUUUUUUGUCAAGUUAGCUUCGAAACUAUUUGAAACUUAUGGGAGCGCAGGAAGCAAUAGUUUAUAUUGGAUCGAAUUUUUCUGCACCAUUUAUUGUUAUUUCAACAGAGAUAAAGAAACGUUUAGGAUGAUCGAGGAGAACGUUUUACAUCCAUUGGAUUUCGCUCUGUUCAAAUUUCUUGCGAAUCAAGAGAAAUUGGGUUCCGACGAGUUGGAAGUAAUUUGCAAUAAUCGACGUGGUUUUGUGUAUUUGUUGUGUUACGUUUUCUCAAAAUCCGAAUGUCCGAACAACGAAGGAUUCGCGUUCAAUUAUUUGGAUAUCUUUCUGAAAGUUUUCACUAAAGAUUUGGAAACAGAUUUACGUGCUAACGUAAUUAGUCUUUUCGUGAUGAGAAUCUUAUCGGUGAGUUAUAAAGAAUUUAUGUCCAUUGAGGAGUUGCUCUUCAAUACUGUGUUGGAAGGAAGCACGGAAAUUGGUUUAUUUGCUUCCGAUAUUUGGGUUUUACUUCUAAGGAAUGCGCCACCGACUUUAAGUUACGACACUAUUCUGAAUGUAAUCUCGAAGAUGAGUUUGGAAAGGCCGACGUCGGCGAGUCCAACUCAAGUAAAAUUAUGCAAUCUGCUGAGGAAUUUCCACAAGAAUUUACCUAAUGGUCUGAAGGUCAAGUUGCUGGAGAAGUAUUCCCCGGAAGCUCACAUGCAUGUUUGGAACGUCCUCGGACUCGAGCAUUUGACUGCAGCCAAAAGCUUCCUCAAAGCUGCGAGUCUGAACGAUUUUCAUAGAUCCAUCGAUAAUCGUGACUUUACCAGAAGUUCGGAAGAUUUUAACUCUUUGAUUUUUUCUUUAACUGCUCUCGCGAAUAUCGCGUCUAAUGGUGAUAAGUCGAAGAUGUGCGAAUCGGUGAAGAUUCUUUGGGAUUUCGAUGCUGAUUUGGACGAGGACUACUUUGGUCUUUACGUGGAAAACCUGUGUCUGUUCACGACGCGGGUGCUUGUAGCGCUUCCGGCGGAGCAUCAAUCCUGGGUUCUCGGUCAUCUGGAAAAAGCGCUGAUUUUCGGUCCGCACAUGAAGGUAAUCGUUUUCCGAAUGUUAAUUAACAUUGCGAAGAAGGAUAUGGUGCCCGUCGCGUGGAGAUUGGUGAAGUUGUGCACGGAGGAUCGUUGCCGGGUUAUGAAAUUGUACUUGGAUAAAGCGUACGCUGUUUUCAAGACCAAGGUCGGUGGUGAUAGCUUCGAUUUAUCCAGUGUGGUUUGCGCUGAAACGAAGCAGCAGGAUGCGACUGCAAACGAGGAGGAGGAUGAACAAUUUAUGGAGAGUGCAGCCAAGAAGCUGAGGAUCGAGGAUGAUGCUGCGCAGGAUGCGUUGGAUUUGAUUCAGCAUCAAGUUAAGCUUCUGGUGAAGCUGCAGAGGCAAGGCAAGAUCAGCAGGGAGCAGUCCAAGCAGAUCUACGCGAUUUCCAAUAAGUUGCAGCAUUUUGUCUGAUCCGAAAUUACUAAU